GAAAGAAACUGGAGGGAGUAUAACAAAUUUCGAUUAGAAUAACUAAAAGAAAAAAAAAAACAAAAACAAAAAACUAAUUUGAAUCAUAACCACCACUAGAUGUUUCUUUUAUAUCCUUUGCUUGGGCAACAACGUCCACUCAUCCCAAUCUCUCGAAUUCAAUUCUCUUCUUCAAAAUUCAUAUUCAAUUGCUCCCAAAACCGAAUCUGAAAGAAAUACCACAUCUUUCUGUAUCAGCCUAAAUCAAUGGCACUCGAAGUAACAUUUGUAGUCGUAAAACAAUCAUCAAAAAUGUUGUCCGCCUCCACCCUUAACCCCACUAUAAAACACCAAUCCACCCGGCCGGUGUUAAUCCGUCUACCAUCAUAUCAUCCCAGCCGGUGGCGGUGGCGGCCAAAGCCGAAGCCGAAGCAGAAGCAGAAGCAGAGUCACCUGGCUGUCCUCUGCUCCUCCACAAUUCCGGCCACUCCGAUAUCGGAGGAGGAACAAAAUGCCAUAAAGUUGGAGCUGAAUGACAUAAAAAGUAUCUGCAAAAGCUGGACUUGGAGAGGCUACAAUAUCAACUACUUGAUUUACUCCGGCGGCAACGACAACCGGACGUCGCCGUCGCCGUCUCCGCCGCCGCCGCCUGUCCUGCUGGUUCAUGGGUUCGGAGCCUCCGUAGCUCACUGGCGCUACAACAUACCCGCCAUUGCUCAAACCGGUUGCCCUGUUUACGCCGUCGACCUCCUUGGUUUCGGAGCUUCUGAUAAGCCCAUAGGAUUUCCAUACACCAUGGAAGCCUGGAGCGAGUUAAUUCUUGAUUUCAUUAACGAAAUCAUCCAAAAACCAACGAUUCUCGUCGGAAACUCGGUCGGAAGCCUGGCCUGUGUUAUUGCCGCGGCUAAUUCUUCAUCAUCGGUUCGAGGGCUGGUUUUAUUGAACUGUGCCGGCGGGAUGAACAACAAGGCCAUUGUUGACGACUGGAGAAUUAAGCUAGUUUUGCCUCUGUUAUGGUUAAUUGAUUUCUUACUGAAGCAAAAAUCGAUUGCCAAUUUCAUAUUCAACAAAGCCAAGGACAAGGAGAACAUCAUGAACGUUUUGAGAUCGGUGUAUGGGAAUAAGGCGGCGGUGGAUGAUGAAUUGGUGGAGAUAAUUAGGGUACCCGCGGAGGAUGAUGGGGCGCUGGACGCUUUCGUUUCGAUCGUGACGGGUCCGCCCGGCCCGAACCCGGUGAAAUUGAUACCGACUCUGAAGGAGAAGAAUUUGCCGGUGUUGGUUUUGUGGGGCGAUGAAGAUCCGUUCACCCCGAUCGACGGACCCGUGGGUAAGUAUUUCACGGCGGUGGCCGGAGAGUUUGCGAAUGUAGAGCUGUUUGUUUUGAACGGGGUUGGACAUUGUCCGCAUGACGAUCGGCCGGAGUUGGUACAUGAACGCCUCCUCCCCUGGCUCGCCUCCUUUCCGACUUUCACAACAACCACUAGCUAGUUGCCAAACAUGCAACACUGUGGUGAUUGUAUAUCCGAAUUGUAUAAAAUCAUUCUCACAUUUUACAUUUACUUCGCUACUCUAACAUUUUUAUAUUGUUUGUUUUAAAAUAGACAAAUAUUUUAAGACGAAAAGUAACGAAUUUGUUAAUUCAACCAUGGCAUAUCAUUUCGUAUUAGAGGCAAAAUGGAAAUAUAUGUAGGGAGAGGGGGAUGAAGAAAUUGAGACCAACUAAACUAUUGAUG